GGCCAAAAGAGGUGUAGGAGCAGCGCAUAUUAGUGUCGUCCUCACCGUCACGGCCAGCGCCUCUUCCUGGAUUCAUUCAUUUUUUUUUUUUUUUCCCUCCAAUUCACGGAGCUAGUGAGGCCUGGUGGAAAGCGAUGGAGCGCGUUCUCCCUGCCGCCGGCUUUCUGUACUGGGUGGGAGCAGGCACCGUGGCCUACCUGGCCCUGCGCAUCUCGUGCUCUCUCUUCACGGCCCUUCGGCUCUGGGUUUUGGAUCACGAGCCUGGGGUCGGACCCCAGCUGGGCGAAUGGGCAGUUGUCACAGGUAGCACUGAUGGAAUUGGAAAAUCAUAUGCGGAACAGUUAGCAAAGCGUGGCAUGAAGAUUGUCCUUAUCAGCAGAUCACAGGAUAAACUGAACCAGGUUUCCAAUGAAAUAAGAGAAAAAUUUAAGGUGGACACAAAGACCAUUGCUGUUGACUUUACCUCAGAAGAUAUUUAUGACAAAAUUAAAACAAGCUUGGCAGGCCUUCAAAUUGGUGUUUUAGUGAACAAUGUGGGAAUGUCAUAUGAGUAUCCUGAAUACUUUUUGGAAAUUCCAGACCUGGACAAUACCAUCAAGAACCUGAUAAAUAUUAAUGUUCUUUCUGUUUGCAAGAUGACACGAUUGGUGCUGCCCGGCAUGGUAGAAAGAUCUAAAGGGGCGAUUCUGAACAUCUCCUCUGUAAGCGGCAUGUACCCAGUCCCGCUGCUCUCCAUCUACUCUGCAACUAAGGCUUUUGUAGAUUUCUUCUCGCAGUGCCUCCACUAUGAGUAUAAGAACAAGGGCAUCUUUGUACAGAGUGUCCUGCCAUUCUACGUAGCUACGAAACUGGCUAAAAUCCGAAAGCCGACUUUGGAUAAGCCGUCUGCAGACACAUUUGUGAAAGCUGCAGUUAAAACCGUGGGCCUGCAAUCCCGAACCAAUGGAUACCUGAUCCAUUCUCUUCUAGGCUCAGUGAUCUCACUCAUGCCUUCUUGGAUGUAUUUCAACAUGAGCAUGUCUUUAAACAAGUCCAUACGGGAUCGCAGUCUGAAGAAGAAAACCAAGAAGAACUAAGCAUGGAUAACAGCUCUUAGUGAUUGACCAGAUGUUCCAGCUACUGCGUGUCCUUGGCAAGGCACCGCCCAUCUCCAAAACCUAUGUCGACAUUUAAUAGUUUCUAAUAAGGCUAAUGUUAUAUUGAGAGAAAAGCAGAAGUUAUUUUGAAGUUUAAUAUUGAAUGCUCAUAGCAAAUGAAUAUAGAACUAAUAACAAGAACAGCUUAUAGAAGGAACACGAUUGUAGCAAAACAUAGAAUGACAGAGUCAGAAAUAAUGCUCAGUAAUUUCCCCCAAUCCAAAAUGCCAAUGAUAAUUAUUGCGUUUUCUCCAAAACCUACUUUUACUACUUGUUUUAACACUUAGAGGGAGUUGAGAUGAAUAGAUUCGCUAUGGGCGGAUGUGCUGUGAUUUGCAUAGUUGUCUGGCAGGAUGUUUUAUAAGUAUGUCCCAGUUUGUACAUUUAUUUUCCAUUAUUCUUUCUCAAAGAUAGCUAAUGACAUAGAAAUAAUUUAUGAAAUAGUUACUUUUGACACAUGAAGCCCACUCAGAUAUGCUUUCUUUUAAUAUACAUUUCUUCUCAGUUGAAAUGUAUGGAAAUCCUGAAAGCUGUGUGGAAUGAUUUUAUAAAGGUGAAUGGACCAAUGGUGGUCAGUGAUGUCCACUGACACAGGCAGCUACCUGUGGUCCCUCUUAGGAAACCCUGACCCAGGAAAGUGGCCGCCUAGACCCCCACAUUCUUUUGUUUCUGCACCAUUAGAGCUCCCACAUGUGACAACAGGCUACUCCUCUAACAGAAAUGCUAGCAGAGAAGUAGUAGUAUACUUUUAAGUCAGCACCUCCCUUACAUGUAUCCAUUUAAUUAGUCUUAAUAAAAGAUGAUAUAACCAUGGUUUGGAUUGAAAAUAUAUUUCUUCAGUACUUGAAAUUAAGGCUGUUUUUACACUGGCUUCCUAUAAAUUAAGACUUUUAUCCUGCUAUAUAACUUGGGGAAAUUACUAAGAAAUAAUGAAUAUUGUGAAACAUAGAACAUAGAAGGUAGGCCUUCACCUAUGUCGUGGUUCCCAGGUUCUGAGAUUGCAACACCAUUAAAUUUUCAAAAAAAAUUUAAUUGGGGUCAUUAAAGCUUUUAAUUUUGUCAGCUAAGAAACUAAAAUGAGAAAAUCUCAAAUUACCAUUUGCUAUUAGUAUCACUAUAUAAAUAAAAGCUAGUUUAGCAUCCCCCAAAAGAAGAAGCACUAAUUCAGAAGAAAGAAUAGUCAAAGAUUGGAUAAGUUUUACUUUGUGAAAACAGAUUAUUGCCCUUUUCUCCCAUUUUGUGUAGAAAUGGUAACAUCACAAUGGUGUGGGCAAUAUAUAUAUAUAUAUUUUUUUUUUGCCUUCACACAUUUGUUGGUCGAUUGUUAAAAUGGUGAUUUUGGGGGUAGGGAUUGGUUUACAAUUACACAAAACACUUUUAUCCCAGUUAGAAGAUAGUUGUGUCUGGCUACGAAAUCCAAGCCUCAUUUCUGAGCUCUGGCUUUGACUCUUUCAACAGAGCAAGUAACCUUUUUUUUUUUGAAGAUUUAUUUUAUUUAUUUAUUUAUACAAGCACUGAGUACAGUCAGAAACGCGGGAGGGUGAGAGAAUUCACCAGAACCAGAGCUGGGAGCAGAGCAGACAGAAGGACUGAGGCACACUGCUGAGGGGAGCAGCGGGCGGCAGGAGAGGUCUGCGCGCCAUGUGGGACCCUCCUCCGGUGGCCGGGGAUCGAACCGGCGCUGCAGUGGCUGCGGGCAGCUUCGCAACCCAGCGCUCAACCGCUGCGCCACCAGGGAGGCCCAGAGCAAGUAACCUUUUUAUUUGACACUCAAAGUUAAAGAUGAUGACCUGGAAAUCCGUGUUUCCUGGCGCAUGAAUAGAAAAACUAUACGAAAUGAGGAACCAAUGUACUCCAAGCCUUCCAAGUAGCAAAGCAUAAUUUUUAGACUUAAGUUUAUAUUGAUUUGGUUUUAUAGUCUAAUAUAUACUAAAGAAGAUUUAAGGCCAAAAAGUAGAAAAGAAUAUUGAUAAUUUAUGUAGAAUCAGUUCGCCUCAUGACAUAGAAAGUCAGAUUUUCAUUUAUUCUUUCAUUGUCCUUUUCAGUGAACUAGCAUGGAAGGAAUGGGAGAGGAGUCAUCGUCCACACAUAAUAUGUACCAUUCUGAUUGGUCUUUGUGCCAGUCCCACACGUGCUGGGAAUAAAUCAUUGGUAGAAAUGAUAUUAUUGAUCUCCAUCGAAGGUCUAUUGGUACCAAAAAUGACUGAGAUUUAGGGGGUCCUAGAUUCUUUUACUUUGCUCUGUUGUUUACCAGUGUCAAAAACAAAAUUUGUUGGAAACAUUUUUAAAAGUUCAAGGAUUAGGUUACAUGUCACUUUUAGGUUGUAUGUCACUCAUCAUGCAAAACUUGUAAAUAUGGACAGAAUUUAAAAUUCAUUGUAGAAAUGUAAUUCUAUUGAGAUUUACAUGAAGACAUUUAGAAAUGGCUUGCUGAGUCUAGCCUGGACACAAAUAGUUUGGAUGAAAAACUGUAGUGUGGUGAAUGGCAUGUCACAACUUUGUCCACUCUUUUACAUGUCAUUGUGGCCGGAAGUACGGGUGAUACAAACAGGAGUCCAACAGGGUAUAAGGCAAGCUUGUCUUCCCUGUUACACCAAUUUUGAGACAUACUGUGUGCAUUUGUUGAGUGCCAAUUGUAUUCAUUUACUUUUCUGGGUGCUAGUGAAACUACAGUGAACAAAGAAGACAAAAAUUCUUGUUCUUUAGAUCUUCCAUUUUGAUUGGGGUGGGGGAGCAAAUGAGGAGACAGAUAAUAAAAGAAAUAGUAAUGUAUUAUAGUGUUAUAUCUGUGGGGAAAAUGAAGCAGAGUAAGGAGGAUGGGGAAUUAACGUGUGACAGGGGGAGUGGGUGAUUUUUAAUUGCCACAGAGUACAUGAGAGGUGUUUGAACAAUCUUCAGCAAGCCUUCCUGCUACCUGAGGAACGGGUGUUCCAGGUAAACUGCCUGUGCAAAGCAUCUGAGGAGAUAUACCUGGUAUGUUCUAAGGGUGGGAAAGUGUAUAUACAUAUUGAAGUAUAGGCUUGGUGACAUUUUCUGAAGAGUUCCUAGAACUUACUUAGUCUAGUUAUGACUUUCUAGCAUUAAAUCACCCAUACAUUCAUGGUUAUAUUUCACUACUUUUAAAUAAUGCUGAAUUUAGUUUGCUGCUAUUUUAUUUAGAAUUUUUACAUCUAUAUUUAGGAAGUUUCUUAUAAUUGGAUGGUUUUCCUUUCAAGGCUAUUAUAAUUUCAUUCAUUAAAUGAACUGGGGAGGAUUGUCUUGUUCUCUGGAAGAAUCUGUAAAGAUAUGGGAACAAUCUUUUAAAGUUUGUAAAAGCCAUCUAGCCCAAGUUUUUAUUUGUGGUAGGAUUUUAAAACUACUUAACUAGUUUAGCUAACUACUUAACUGACUAGUUAAUGCUUAGAUGGCACUGCUACUCAGGGCUUCUGUUUUUUUCUUGGGUCAGUUUUGAAAAUAAGAUUUUUCUAAGCAUUUACUCAUGAUAUAUUUUCCCCAAGUGUAUUAGCCUAAAGUAACUCAAGUAAUUUUCUUCCUUUUUAAGCUUCUGCUGGAUUUGUACUUAAUAUAUUGUUUCUUAAUAUUCCUUGUAUCUUCUCACUUCCUUUUCCUUGACCAUUUAUUUUGCCACAAGUCUGGAUGUUGUGUUUUUUAAAGAAUCAACUUUUGGUUGAUCAACUUGUGUUUUUUAAGGAAUCAACUUUUGGUGUUGAGCUGCUAUGCCACUUUUGUUUUCCUGCUUUCUGGGGCUUUAUUCUGCUACUUUUCUAAUUUGUAAAUUGGACAUUUAAUUCACUCAUAUAUUAUUUUUUCUAUUCUUACAUAAAUAUCUAAGGCUCUAAAUAUCUUUUGCUAUAUCCCACAAUGUAUGUAUGUGUACAUGUAUAUAUAUAUUCUUUUUCAAUACCAAUACUUAAAAAAGUUUGUAUUAGUGUCACCACUUACAAGACCGUUUUACAUAAUGUGCAUUCUGAUAAUGGACUGAAGAUACAACAUCACUAAUGUGGUAUUCCCGACAAAUACAUAUAAAUAAAUAAACUGAACCUAACCCCCAGGAAAUAAAUUAAAGGGUAUCCUACAAAGUAAGCAGCCUAAACUUGUCACAAAUUUUGGAUUUAAGUGGCUAAAGAAAUGUGACAAGUGAAUGUAAUGCAUGAUCUUAGAAAAAAAUAUUUUGCUAUAAAGGACAUUUUUGAGACAAUUGGUGAUACUUACAUAAGGUCUGUAGGUUAUAGAAUUUUAUCAGUGUUAAUUCCCUUAGUUUGAUCAUUGUACUGUGGGUACUUAAAAAGUCCAUGGAUUUUUAGGAAAUACACUAGAGUAUUUAGGGAUAAUGGGACAUGAUAUAUGCAAUUUAAUCUCAAAACGUUCAUUAAAAAGUUGUUUAUACAGAAAAUUGUGAAAUAAAUUGUGUUUAAAUGUUAACAUUUGGUGAAUCUCUGUAAAGGGCAAUUCUUUGUACUGUUUUUGCAAACUUGUAAAUCUGAUAAUUCAAAAUUAAAAGUUAAAAUC